AUGGACUGGGAAGGACUUGGAGAGCGGCCCGUGGGGAGCCGGUCAGACCAGGGGGCAGGAGGCAGGGAAGUAAUACUGGGUGGGGGCGUGCGAGGCUGCUCUGGGGUGCAGCGGCGGUCUGGCUGCUUCUGUGAGAGGGUCCUUGAGAAGCGGGCCACGCGGGGGCCCCAUGCUCCCCCAGGAGCAGGACUGACUCAGGGUCCUGCUGUGCUCCGUUGCGGGCUGCGGGGCCUCCACACCGACCUGGAGCUGGGCCUCCAGCUCGGGGCAGAGCGAGGGGCCCUGGGCAUCCCUGCUCCUGGGUACACCCUCGUGGCUGCCGCCCCUUCCUUCGCCUUCCUUCAGUGA